GCGCAAUGCAUUGUGGGCUGCCGGGAAUUUCCCUGCUUCGUGCAUGUGGACUCAAAAGUAUUUUAUCCGGCGGAGGAGGCAGUGGUGUUCUUAGUGGAGCUCUAGGGAACAGCUGGAAUGGAGCCGAUCUUGGACACCGGACUGGAUCUUCCCCUGAGUCAGGAGAGCUUCUCCGAUUUAUGGAAAACACUUAGCCCCCUGGCAGAAGAGUACCUGGUGAAGCCUGCGGAACCGGUGAGCCAGGAGCUGUUUACCCUACCUGACAUGAGCCUGGGCCUGUCUGGCUCUGCAGACUCCUCCCUCCUACUUCCGCAGGCUGGGCACAGCUAUGAAAGUUGGGAUCUCCCUUGCCUGGCCCUGGAGCCACCGCCCACCUCCUCCACCGUCCCCUCCACUGAAGAUUACGCCGGGGAGCACGACUUUCAACUGGCCUUCCAGCAGUCAGGGACUGCCAAGUCCGUCACAUGCACCUAUUCCCCAGAUCUGAACAAGCUCUUCUGUCAGCUGGCGAAGACCUGCCCGGUGCAGAUCAAAGUGUCCAGCCAGCCCCCGCCCGGCUCUGUCAUCCGGGCCACGGCUGUCUACAAAAAAUCAGAGCAUGUGGCUGAAGUGGUGAGACGCUGCCCGCACCAUGAGCGCUCCGCAGACUACAGUGACGGGGUCGCCCCAGCCCAGCACCUGAUCCGCAUAGAAGGGAACCAUCAGGCCUAUUACCGCGAUGACGAGAACACCAAGCGCCAGAGCGUUACGGUGCCCUAUGAGACACCCCAGGUGGGGUCUGACUGCAUCACUGUGCUUUACAACUUCAUGUGUAACAGCUCUUGCAUGGGGGGAAUGAACCGCCGCCCCAUCCUGGCCAUCAUCACUCUGGAGAGCAAGAACGGGCAGCUCCUGGGGCGCCGAUGCUUUGAGGUUCGAGUGUGCGCCUGCCCCGGGCGGGACCGCAGGACGGAGGAGGAGAAUCACCGCAAAAAAUUGUCUUGCCGGGCCCUGAGCGGAAGCGUGGUCCUCAAAGAGAGCAAAGCCAAGAGGACUCUCCAAGCCACCAUGGAGGCAUCUGAGAACCCUAAGAAGCGGACCGUGUCCUCCGACAAAGAGGUCUUCUGCCUCGAAGUUCAUGGGCGCGAAAACUACGAGAUGCUGAAGAAAAUCAACAAUGCCCUGGAGGUGGCGGCUGCGAGGCCGCAGGGGGAGCUGGAGACUCAGAGGAACCCCAAGGCGUGGUUGAAGACCCGGAAGGAGCGGGGGGAUGGGCCGCUGCCGCAAAGUGGGAAGAAACUGCUGGUGAAGGAAGAGGAUUCAGAAUAAAUUCCUCCACACCCGCCCCCCUCCCCCAUCCUGUCUGCACUAAGCUAAGUUUCACUGCCACUUUUGGACAGAGUAGUUUUUUUCUAUUAAAUCUCUCCUCUCCCAGGGAGGAGGCUCAGCCCCUACGGUUCCUCUUCCCCUAGCACUGGGGCUCCCCCCUUCUCAGGAUUGUGGGGAGGAAAGAUUGGUGCCAUCCUACUGAGGACCCCCGGCCCCUUGGGGGCUCUAACUCCACCCACAGGCCCUGUGGUGAACCCGCUCCCUAUUGUCCCCGUCUCCUGCGCCACUCUCUAUGCCCGUCCCUUCUGGCGAACUUUUGUACCAACUUUUAUACAAUAAAUCUAGCUUUUUCUUA